GCAUAUCGCGUCUCUACAAAUAUAAAGAUUACGUAGCCCAAGACUUGAGAGUAGCCCCCUCAUUGUCAUCGCGAUCGGAUCAUAUGACCCGCUACUCAAAUACCUUACUGUCUGACAAAUAACCUUCCUCUCCCUUGGUGUCUACAUAUAACGAUUUACAGCUAUAGCUAUACUGAAUUCCUCAUAUGCUCCUGCACCCAGCGACGUGCAAAAUCCCAUCCGGUCAUUUGAUGCUAAAGCGUUGUUAGGAACUAUAUCAAUAGUUCUACCAUGACAUAAACCUGUUCUCGCAGCUUCAAUUUUCUCUCAUUCUUUUGGGAUUACCCUUGGACUCUUGCACACGAAAACAUUCAUCGUGGGUUGUAAGACGAAAAACACGACUACCCGAUCGUCAUCACUAGGGUGAGUUUAAUCAGAGGUUGACAGCAAACGAUUGUGGAUUCCAUCGUUGAUUCCAAAAAUAAAUUAGCCUCUUGGUCCACUCCUCUUAACGACAUGACCCGUGAGAAGAGUUUAUCUGACUUCGAAGGAGAGAAAUUUAUCGUCUCCACUCCUUCCGAUGAUAAUAAGUCGAUCUCGAUUCCCGUUCGAGUCCUCACUCACAAUAUUCGUUAUGCAACGGAAUCCCCGUUCAAAGGAGAGGAAUUUUGGUCGGUUCGAUGUCCUCGACUGUGCUCCGAACUAGUGUUUAAUUCCACUACCCCCGAGACUUUCAUCUGUUUGCAAGAGGUUCUUCACUCUCAACUCGUUGACAUCCACGAUGCCUUGAAUGAAGGUCCUGGAAGUCAGUGGUCUUAUAUUGGAGUUGGGAGAGACGAUGGCAAACAAGCUGGAGAAUAUUCUCCCAUCUUUUAUCGUCCAGCGGUGUGGCAUCUUGUUCUCUACAAAACAUUCUGGCUCAGCGAGACUCCGGAGAAGCCUAGCUUUGGUUGGGAUGCUGGUUCUAUCAGAUUGCUUACUAUAGGUAUAUUUAUGCAUCGCAAGACGAACGAGAUUGUUGUUAUGAUGAGUACUCACUUGGAUAACGCUGGUCCUAUUUCUCGACAAAAGAGUGCUGAAAUUAUACUGGAGAAGGUCGAUCAUUACAAAAGUACUUAUACUCCCGCUGCACUGCUACUUGCUGGAGAUUUCAACAGUCCUCCAGACGAUGAAGCCUACAAGACAAUGACAUCGUCAACUUCGGGCAUGGCAGAUGUUCGAGAUCUCGUCCCUGUGAAGAAACGGUACGGAAAUGAAAUGACAUUUACAUCGUUUGGAUAUGUAGAUAAUACACCAACUCGAAUCGAUUUUAUUUUCUCUUCAAAGGAUGCACCAGUCGAUUAUGGAACCUACGCAGUGCUGAGCAAUCGCUAUGAUGAUGGAGUAUAUCUUUCGGAUCAUAGAGCGGUUGUGACUGACAUUGAAAUAUCCACGACUCAAUCUGGGCAAUGAAAUUUUGAUAGUGAUUGGACUAUCUCUGCUAUUGACUCAACAUCUUGUUACAGGGUACUUGAAAUAUCCGAAAGACUCAUCGUCAAACCGAGUCAUUUCCCAGGCACCCAAGUAAUCCAAUGGUUGUGGUUGCCUAUGGUAUAAUGUUUAGGUCAACUCCAAGAAACGAUGCCUCGAGAGGAAAGAGGGAAAUUGCGAAAGGGGCGGCUUCUUUUGAUUGUUGAGCUUGAAUAUACCUAUGAGUGAAAGAGUUUAGAGGGGUUUUAUCAUGAUACGUUCUACGAUUUAUGGUCUCAUCGUUGAUUUGUUCACGAAUGUGCGUGGAAGCUACAAUAGCCAUUUCAUACCUAUUUAUAUACCAAAUUGCCAUUCUCACUGAUUCA